AUGGCUCGCCACCCAACAUGGGUGAAGAAAAUAUCGCCUGUGCUGCAGGUGGCCAUGGUGACCGCGAAGGUGGCGCUGAACGCAACGACAGGACUGAACGUUGAUAUCUCGGAUUUCCUGAAGGACGUGAAAGAUGGGUUGGUCGAGGAGCUAGUCGACCGCACUCUCGACGAGGAGGCGCUGCUUCGUGCUGUUUCGGGUGAGGACAACAUCGGCGCAGAUUUGCAAAGGGAUACGAGGGCCUCGUACGAAGCACUGAAGGUUUUCAUGGGAAACGAGGAACCCAGGAGGCGGAAGAACGCCCGGGAUGGUGAUGGCUACAUAGACUUGAGGGACGAGAUGAAGCGUGUCAUCGACGGGAGAGGCGGGAUGGUGUGGGUUCGGAACGAAAACAAUCACAAGUGGCGGGAGUCGAUUUCGGUUGCUGCUCCAACUAGCGUGACACCACCCUUCGCAUACAUACGCAUAUCGGAAGCACAGUCGCAGGGUGUAGGUUAG